CUCAGCACCAGGAGCAGCAGCAGCUAGCCCUGGUACCUCCAUCGGGUUUAUUUACGGUUCUGCCCGACGAUUCUGCGGUGGUGUCAUAAAGUUCUGACUCAUGCCAGACAUCGGAACCAGUCCCAGCUGUCUGUAACCGGACUCCCAGCUCGGCAGGAAGCUCGGAUCUGUUUGGUUUGUUGUGUUGUGUUAACCGGAAAAAAAAAAAAAGCUAACGGACCGUUUAACCGUUCGGAGCUCUGCCGAACCGAACUGAACCCAACUUGCUGAAUGGACCGAAGCUGGAGGAAGCUGGAGAAACCGAACUACGCGAUGAGCUAACUUGUAGGAAGCGGGCCCGAACACCAGAACCAGUCCCCGCUCUCCCAUGAUCACCAUGGAGCCGAGCCUCCAACCGAGCCUGCAGCCGAACCUCCUGGAGAACUCCUACAAGAUGACGGAGGAGGACGUGAAGAGGCUGAUCCAGUUCCGGGCCUCCAACGAGGUUCUGUUCACUGGGAAGAGGAAUUCGGCCAAGAUCGCCUGGAGCACCAUCCUGAAGGGUUUGGGUCUGGAGGGGAAGCUGACGGCCGACCAGAUCGCCAAGAAAUGGGACAACCUGCGGACCAAAUAUAAGGACUUGAAACAGCCUUACCAGGGCCAGGAGCACCUGGGGGUCGUGGUGGAGUCUUGGCCCUGGUUCCACAUCAUGGACGAAGCGAUGCAGGGCCGCCUGUUUAACAGCAGCCUGGUUCUGAGUCCGGACAGUCCCGGCAACGCAGCCAAGCCCCCCGACUGCCAGCCCUGCCAGAACCAGGAGAACACGGACAUCCUGGAGUUCCUCAUCAAGACGGAGAUGGACGAGACGGUGACGGGCGAGCCGGUGGAGGAAGACGAGCCGAUCCAUGCCGAGGCUCCGCCCAUUGGAGGCGUUCCCAUGGGAUGGCGGAGGAUGACAGAGUGCACGUAUAAAAUGACCGAGGCAGAAACCGAGAGGAUGAUCAAACUUCGAGCUGCAAACGAAGCGCUGUUCACGGGUAGAAAACACUCGGCCAAGCCAGCCUGGAGAGCCAUCCUGUUCGAGCUUGGCCUGCAGGGCCGGCUGACCACAGAGCAGUUGGCCAAGAAGUGGGACAACCUGAAGAGGAGGUAUAAGGAGCUGAAAUUUCCGUCCCGCGGUGUGGAGGCCAACCCAAGCUCCUGGCCCUGGUUCUACCGGAUGAACGACGCCAUGGAGGGCCGUCUGGCCAACGCCGCGCCCAUCCUCGCUCCCAUUGUGGAGGAAGGAGACGAGGAGUACGAGAGUCUCUUGCCAACGCCAAAGAAACGAGCGCGGCGAAGCCGGGGCGGGAUGGCCGAGUUCCUGACGGAGUCUGAGAUGGAUCUGUUGGUCGAUAACGAAGAGAAGAUCGGAUCAUCGGCUCUGGGAGAUCUGCACCGGAUCACAGAGUUCACCUACAAACUAACAGAAGAAGACACGAGGCGACUGAUUGAGCUGCGAGCUGCUAAUGAGGCUCUGUUCACUGGCAGGAGGAACACGGCGAAACCCGCCUGGAGGGGGAUUGUGAAGGAGAUGGGUCUGACUGGGAGGAUAACUCCAGACCAGGUAGCCAAGAAAUGGGACAACCUGAAGACUAAAUUCAAGGACCUGAAGUUUCCUCCUCGCGGUAUGGAGGCCCAGACCAACCCGGCCUCCUGGCCCUGGUUCCAGCUGAUGAGCGACGCCCUGGAGGGCCGGCUGGCCGAUAAAGCCCCCAGAGUGACGCCGGUGUGGACCAGCGAGGAGGACGCCGUGUUCGGGUCGUCGCCGACCCCCGACUGCCUGAUGGGGGAGCGGAACGGCAUGCCGGAGCUGGACGGCAUGGCGGGCGGAGACCACGGCGAGGCCGACGCCGCCAUCACCUACAUCGACGCCAGCGGAGAGGAGUGCGCCACGCCGUCAGAGCUCUCCUACAAAAUGAGCGACCAGGACACCAGGAGGAUGAUCAAACUCCGCGCUUCCAACGAGGUGCUCUUCACCGGGAGGAGGAACGCCGCCAAAGCUGCCUGGAGAGCCAUCUUGAAGGAGCUCAGCCUGCAGGGAAAAGUCUCCACCUACCAGAUGGCAAAGAAGUGGGACAAUCUGAAGAGGAGGUACAAGGACCUGAAGUAUCCUCCCGUUGGGAUGGAGAGUGCAGCUGACAGCGCCUCCUCCUGGCCGUGGUUUCACCUGAUGAACGACGCCAUGGAGGGCCGUCUGGCCGGUAGCGCCCCCCUCCUCACGCCUCUAACUCAGGAUGACGACCAGCACCCAGACCCCGCCCCCAGACACAGGCUCCGCCUCCCUCCUGCGCAGCAACCAUCCUCCUCCACGGACUUCCAGGAGCCGUGCGGCGGGACGCUGGGAGGACUGGAGCGGGAGUGGGAGGCGGUGGAGCGGGAGCGAGCGGCGUUGGAGCGGGAGCGGGAGACGGUGGAACGGGAGCGGGCGGCGGUGCAGGCAGAGCGGCUUUGGUUGGACCGGGAGCGGGCGGCCGUGGAGCAGGACCGCGCCCUGGUGGAGCAGGAGAGGGCGGCGCUGGUCCGGGACAGGGAGGCGCUGAACCAGCGGGCCCUGAUGAUGAACCCUGUGGGACACCUGAACAGCCUGAUGUAGGCGGGACGAUGUGGAGACGCAGAGCGUCAUCCUGAUGUGGAUCCAGACUGGUGCUGGGGGGAAAAAGGCUGGUCCUGGCUCAGGUUCAGAUCCUGGUUCUGCAGGUCCACCGGGUUUAUCAGGGAGUUAUUGUCUCCUUCUGACUGCCCAUCAACUCUGAGUCAAACUGACGCGAAACUCAAAAAUCUUACCAAGUACGUUUAGUCUAGUUUGUAGUGCAAAUAUCUUCAUAUGCUUCCAAUAAGACAAAGAUGACUUUCAGCAAGAUAUAAGACGGUGAUGUCCGAACGUUUUACAAACUGGGCCAGAAUCCUAAAUAUUCAGAAACCAUAUUGUUCUUCUAACUUUAAAUAAAAAAUAAUGCUGUUAUGAAAAAAAAUGAUGUGCUCAGUACAACCAUUAGAACCAUUGUAAAUAGAAGUUCUAAAUUUUCACCAAAAAACUUUUUUAGAAAAAAACAAAACAUAAAAUUUUUCCGAAUUUCAAAUUAAGAAUUUUGAGUGAGGGGUCCACACAAAAUUAUUCCAGGACACUCCCUUUAGACAUCCCUGAUAUAGUAGCUUGUUUUAGGUCAGUAAUUAUUUAAUAUAUAUUUUUAAAAAGUUAUUGUUCCACUGGCAGAUUAUUCCUCUUUAUAACAAGAUUGUUUCUCCAUGUUAUGCAGGAAAAGGUUCACUUUAUCAAUAUUAAGGAAUUAUCAACUGAAAAGAAGCUCCUGUAACUCUGAAGUUACUUUGUUUUUGUUUUAUUUUAAAUCUAUUACAGUAUUUGCACUAGAAACUAGACAAAAAUACUUUAAGAUUCUGUAUUUUUAGAGUUUUUAUGCCUUUUUUUCAUUUAAGACAGCUUUCCUCCCGGUAAGAAACUGCGUAAUGCGGUGAAACGGCAGCCUCUUUGGGUGAACUCUGGAACUGAAUCCUGAUCGAGUCACAUCUGCAGCGACUGUGAGUCCAUCACUGGUUAAAAGAAAUAACUUUGUUUUAUUUUUAUAAUCUCCGACGUUCUGCUCUGUAAUUUAUGACCCAAGUUGAAGAAGAAGAAGAAGAGAGAUGCAUCAGUUUCUGUCCUGAAGUGCUUUCACAGAAGCAGCGCCCCCUGCUGCUAAAACCAAGAUUUUAAAAAACGUGUUGAAUGUUUUAUAAUAUGUUGUAAAAACUGCCUUUUAAUUUUCUGUCCUGACACUUGUUUUCUGUCCAUGUGUCAAGUUUCUGUGGAGGAUUAAAACUCUUGAGUCUAUCGAUUUGAUAAUAUGAUCAAAUCUUUAAUCA